CUUGUUGCCCGCAUACCAGUCAUGUGCCCAGGAAUCCAUAUCAGGUGACUUAUUUACCACUUCUCACGAGUUCGUCCAAUCAGAGGCCUUCAUACCGAACACGCCUCCACUGUUACCCAAUAUAGGCCAGGUGAACGAGAUGAACGAUACGGCAAAUGAGCUCGUCAUAGCCUUGGCCCAUAGUUGUAGUAAACAACACCUUGUUUCCCUACGUCUGUUUUGUUUUUCCCAGGACAAUCUACCGUACGCGUUACAGAUCAGAACCUCUAGAAGACAGAAUUGGCCUUUGUGUCUUCAAACAAGAAAGAUCACGGUAAAGUCAUCCGGCACCACAAUCUGCUGAAUUUCACCUUGAGUUUUUCAUCUGUAAGUGACAUCAUGGAGCAGUUCAAUAGUGAGUACGAAUGCCCACAAGUCCGUUUUCUAAGCUCCCAUCGCGAAGAAGGUCGAAACGGGUACGGUCCCAUCUAUGAACCGGAGGGUGUGAAGGUGUAUUGUGGAACACUGGUGCACGCUACCAAGGAUAAACCAAUGGAGAUCCUCCGGAACGGGGUCAUCGGGGUGGACACAUCUGGAAAGAUUCUAUUUGUGAAAGACGGCGACUCCAUUGAGAGCCUGUCUGCCGAGAUAGGCUUCAGACCUGAAGUGCGCAACUGAAGGGCAGGCAAGUGUACUUAAUGCCAUGACCAUUUCAAGUAUCAUCCU